UUGUUUUGUUUUCUUUGCUCACACAGGUUUACAUAUGAAAUUGCCCCUGUUUUUGUCCUCAUGGAACAAAUAACACUUCGAAAGAUGAGAGAGAUUAUUGGAUGGUCAAAUAAAGAUGGUGAUGGAAUAUUCUCACCUGGAGGAGCCAUCUCCAACAUGUACAGCAUAAUGGCCGCACGCUACAAAUAUUUCCCUGAAGUCAAAACCAAAGGCAUGGCUGCAGUCCCUAAACUGGUUCUCUUUACCUCAGAACAUAGUCACUACUCAAUAAAGAAAGCUGGAGCUGCACUUGGAUUUGGAACAGACAAUGUAAUCUUGAUAAAGUGCAAUGAAAGAGGCAAAAUAAUACCAGCUGAUUUAGAAGCAAAAAUUUUGGAAGCAAAACAAAAGGGAUAUGUUCCUCUCUUUGUAAAUGCAACUGCGGGCACAACAGUUUAUGGAGCCUUUGAUCCAAUACAGGAGAUUGCAGAUAUAUGUGAAAAAUACAACCUCUGGCUUCACGUAGAU